GCAGAUCUGGUACCGCAGGACGCGCACAAGUCAGUGGAGUCAGUCCGCCUCCGUCGUCCUUCAUCAUGCAGCCAGCGAGACGCGCAACUCGGCAGUGACAAGUGUUUCCAAAGUGGCGAGUGUUUAUCCGCUUCAGCGAGCAGACUGCGCAAAGAGCGAAACCAAGGACGAACUGUGCAUAGAUUUUCUUUUCACUUUUCUUCUUGGAGCCAAAAACAGGCGGAAGUUGAGCGUUUCUGUUGGAUUUUUAUUUGAUUUUUUUAUUUAAAAGGGGGAUAUUGGUUUUGGUCCAAGCCUUUUCACCAACAUGGAGUACACGUCAUCCCCGAAACCGCAGCUCUCAUCCCGGGCAAAUGCUUUCUCCAUAGCCGCCCUGAUGUCCAGUGGGAAGCCCAAUAAGGACAAAGACACGGAGGAGAACACCAUCAAGCCUCUCGAACAAUUUGUGGAGAAGUCCUCCUGCAGCCAGCAGUCUCUGGCUGACCUGUCGUCCCUGGACGGGCACGGGGACUUCAUCGGCAGCGCGCCCGCGGUGUGCACGGAGCCGCUCAUCCCCACCAAUCCCGGCAUCCCGAGCGAGGAGAUGGCGAAGAUCUCGUGCACCUUGGAGACCAAAGAGCUGUGGGACAAAUUUCACGACCUCGGCACCGAGAUGAUCAUCACCAAGUCUGGAAGGAGGAUGUUCCCCACCAUCCGGGUCUCUUUCUCCGGGGUGGACCAGGACUCCAAGUACAUCGUGUUGAUGGACAUCGUCCCAGUGGACAACAAGCGGUACCGGUACGCCUACCACCGCUCCUCCUGGCUGGUGGCCGGCAAGGCCGACCCUCCUCUGCCCGCCAGGCUGUACGUCCACCCGGACUCCCCGUUCACCGGAGAGCAGCUCGUGAAGCAAAUGGUUUCCUUCGAGAAAGUCAAGCUGACAAACAACGAGCUGGACCAACACGGACAUGGCUCUGCUGGUCCUCUGCAGAUCAUCCUCAACUCCAUGCACAAGUACCAGCCGCGGGUCCACAUCAUCAAGAAGAAGGAGCACACGGCCUCCCUGCUCAACCUAAAGUCCGAGGAGUUCCGCACCUUCGUCUUCGUCGAGACCGUCUUCACCGCCGUCACGGCCUAUCAGAACCAGCUGAUCACCAAACUGAAGAUCGACAGCAACCCGUUCGCCAAAGGUUUCCGGGACUCGUCACGGCUCACGGACAUGGAGAGCAGGGAAAGUGUUGAGAAUCUGAUCCACAAGCACUCGUAUGCCCGGUCGCCGAUCCGAACCUACGCUGGCGACGAGGAGAACCUGCACGAGGACGGACACGGUGGACUCACCAGAGGCUCUGCGUUCACCGCCUCAGACAACCUCUCCCUCAGCUCCUGGGUCACCACCGCUUCGGGCUUCUCGGGCUUCCAGCACCCACAGUCCCUGUCGGCCAUGGGCUCCGGCUCCCUGCCCCACCCCAUCCAAGGCUCCCUGCCCCCCUACAGCCGGCUGGGCAUGCCGCUGACGCCCACCGCUCUGGCUGGAACCAUGCAGGGCAGCGGGCCGGCCUUCCCUUCCUUCCACAUGCCCCGCUACCACCACUACUUCCAGCAGGGGCCCUAUGCCGCCAUCCAGGGACUCCGCCACUCCUCCACGGUCAUGACGCCCUUCGUAUGACUCCGUCCUGGGGAGGAGUCGGCCGAUCUUCGCUCUGAUCCCCAAUCCAGUGCAACCAGUUAUUUCUCCACUCGGGCUCAUCACUCCUCAUCCUGUUUGUAUCGUCCCCCCCUGGUCUUUGUAAAUAGUUCACCUGCAGCUGAAGAGGAUGUGGCAUACUGAUCCACAACAUUCAGAAAAUAGAAGGACUGUGUGCGGACACAUCGGCACCUUUCUGUGAACACUUCAGCGACAUUGUACAAACUGCAACCUCAAAACAAACUAUAAAACCUAAUGCGAGACGAGACAAGGAGCAUGUUUGUUCUUGCCCCCUUGAAGAACAGAAAGUGGAGCCUCCAUUUUAACGUAUUGAAACAAUAUUUAGAAGAACCUCUAAAGGUGCAACAGUCCCUACAGGGCCUCCACCGAGGCUUUAAAGAGGCCAGGUUGCUGUGUGACCCUUCAACGUUUUCGGAGAGACUCAUCUGAUGCUACAGCGUGUUGGCCACCGAGGAUCAGUCCGAUCAGUCCGAGUCUGUGAACAUUUCAGCAUCAGAGUCUCAGCUUUCCUCCGUUUCCUUGAAAGCCAGCCAUAUGUACAGUUCAAA